CACGUGUCAAACAAUCCGCGAUAUCUUCAUCUUCAACCUCAUCUCAUCCUCCCUCCACCCACAGUCACUCAUUUCUCCCCAACCGCCAAAAUGUCCCCCUCCCCAGAAAAAGAGAGCCCCCCAGCGCCCUCAAUGAUCAAAGGCGCAUCACUUCUCAUAAUCCUCCAACUCGCCUCCCGCCUCAUAACAUUCAUCGCUAACCAACUCCUCCUGCGGUAUCUCACAGCACCUCUGCUAGGUCUAUCAACUCAACUCGAGGUAUACUACCUCUCAGUUCUCUUCUUUGCGCGCGAAAGUCUCCGUGUAGCUAUCCAACGACGAGACUCUGGCUCGCAGGCGAAAGAAGAGAGUCAAGCUGUGGUGAAUCUGGGAUAUCUCGCUAUUGGACUGGGAAGUUUUGUUAGUCUUGGUUUAGGGUGGAUGUAUCUUGCGUAUGCGAACGAGAUUACGCUUGCUACGCCGUAUCUGGUUGAGUCGUUGUAUAUUUAUGGGUUUGCGGCUAUGGUGGAGUUGUUGUCGGAGCCGUGCUUUGUUCUUAUGCAGACGAGGCUGCAGUUUGGGACACGAGCUGCUGCUGAGUCGAUUGCUACGUUUCUGAGAUGUAUUGUUGUGUUUGGAUCUGCUGUUUGGGCAUCCAAGCACAAUGAUAUUGGAGUCCUGCCUUUUGCCCUUGGACAGAUCACCUAUGGUGUCUCACUACUCCUCGUCUACUUGGUCUCAGCAUAUCACCUCGCCUCAUCAAUCGGCUUCUCAUUACUCCCCAAAACAAUAACCUCAAAGGACAAUCGCUUCUGGGCCUCUAUGUUUGAUCGAUCAACAAUAGGUCUUGCAGGAAGCAUGAUGGCCCAGAGCGUGGUCAAACACCUCCUCACUCAGGGCGACACAUUUCUCAUCUCCUUUCUCGCAUCUGCCAACGUCCAAGGCGCAUACGCUCUCGCAAACAACUACGGAAGUCUCCUUGCUCGUCUUCUCUUCCAGCCUGUCGAAGAGAGUAGCCGAAGUUACUUCUCUCGCUUGCUGUCAUCUGUAACACCUGUCAAACAAGGCGGUAAGCCAGUUCAGGAAGUGACAGAAGCAAAGCAGAACCUACAAACUCUCCUUCGCCUUUACAUCCUUUUGUCUUCAAUCAUCAUCAGUCUUGGACCUUUUGCUGCUCCGUCUCUUCUGGCUAUUGUGGCAGGCAAGCAGUGGGCUGGCUCAGGGGCAGGUGAUGUCCUUGCAGCGUACUGUUUCUACAUUCCCUUCAUGGGUCUUAACGGUCUCACAGAAUCAUUCGUGGCGUCAGUCGCUACGGAAGCCGAAGUUCACAUCCAGUCUGUUUGGAUGGGCGCAUUCUCCGUCAUCUUCGCAGCAUCAGCCUUCCUCUUCAUGAGAAUCUACCCUCUCGGCGCUAUCGGUCUCGUCCUAGCCAACAUCAUCAACAUGGGAUGCCGCAUUAUCUGGAGCGGAGCAUUCAUCAAGCGCUUCUUCAAAAGACAUGGAACCGACUUCAAGAUCAAAUCACUUAUUCCCGAGAGCACACUCGGCGUCUCAAUCGCUACAGCUAUCCUUCUCAAGCAACUAAAAGUCGUAGACAACGCAGAUCAACCGAUCAAAUCUCUCGUCAAGAUCGUUGGCUCGGCCAUCCCAUUAUUGCUUCUAAUGUACGUCUACCAAAUCCCACCAAACAAACUUUUUGAAAACAACAUCUAAUCAUCGCAGCCUGGUCCUCGAGCGCCAUUUUAUCCUUGAGUGUCUAAACUCGGUCCGCGGUCGCAAAGCCGCAAAACAAUAGUGCUCCCAUAAUAGUUGUAAUUUCUUAAUCAAAUGUGAUCUUGGUCGACUUGGCGUUCAUGUCGACAUCCUUGAAGAAAGCGCCGUACAUGUCGUGAGCCUUCUUCUUGACGGUGGUGCCGAACUUGAGAAGAUCUUCGGGUACGGGCUGGUUGGCACCUCGGAGAAUGUUGACGAGCCUGGGAGAGUAAGUAUAUGUUCAUUUGCGAAUGUGUCAGGUACUUACGAGCCGGAGUGCGACUUGUCCUCAACGGUAAAGAAGGUAAUGGCCUCACCAGUCUUGCCAGCACGGCCAGUUCGGCCAAUGCGGUGGACGUAAUCUUCAAUAGUCAAGGGGAAUGUAACGUUGAUAACGAGCUUGA